AUGAUGGACAAAACAAGAGCAUACAAUUGGUAAACUCCCAAUCUCCGAAACAAUUCAAGAAACCAUUGUGUUACUAAUAAUAGAAUAGGUACAUUUCUCUCGUCGCUGCAUCAUGUAUGGUUCUGUACGGAUAUGACGCUUCUGUUUUCAACUCCGUUCAAGGAUCAAAGCAUUGGGUCGCUUACUUUGACAAUCCUGUAUGUCUCUCUUCUUUAUGAAAACUGACUUCAAUCCAUCGAAAGAAUUGUCUCGCGAGUUUUGGAAGCCUUCGAAAUUCAAUUCGCAGAGUCUUACAAAUAUUUGGGAUAUUGCUUUCGACUAUCUGAGGGUGUUUUUCAUGAUUGGAAGCUGUCAUCUUCCACGAAUAUUCUAGUGGACUAAUAAGAAAGAUUUAGAACCCUCAGUUGACUGGUGCUGUCAAUACAUCUUACACAGUCGGCGCUAUCACUGCAGGGUCGGUUCAACCCUCAAUUGCGAUUUUCAACAAUCCAGCCCUUCGCCGUGAAACUAAUAAAAAAUAGCUUUUUCUUAGGUGGUCCAUUAUCCGACUACUUUGGUCGCAGAUGGGGUAUGGGUAUCGGUUGUUUCUUAACCAUCGUUGCUACCGUUCUGCAAACAUUCUCCUCUCGGGGAAAGUUGGGAUGUUUCAUUGCUGGAAGAGCCAUGAUCGGCAUAGGUCAAGGAAUUGCAUUAAGUAUCUGGGAACUUGCUAGUCUUUUGAAGUGUGGCUGACGUAUCCGAAAGCAUCUGGUCCAGUCUAUAUCGGUGAGAUGGCGCCAGCCAAUAUUCGAGGCAAAAUAAUGUCGUUUUGGCAAAUGUUCUAUUCGGUCGGCUCAUUUAUCGCUUAUUGGAUCAACUACAUCUGUUCUUUGCAUAUAGAAUCGCUUGGAGAAUGGGAUUGGAAGGUAGAAUAUCUGCUCUUUCUGAUUGACUAUAACUCUGACACUUCUCAGAUAGUUGUCGCAUGCCAAAUGCUGGUUCCGAUUACCCUCAUAUGCCUCCUGCCAUUUAUUCCCGAGUCACCUCGCUGGUAUAUCCAGCACGACUACCCAAUAUCUUAUGCUCGAUCUUCCCUCCUCCGUGUGCGAUCAACAGCCACCGAAGUCGAAGUCGAAAUCCACCUCAUCUAUGACACACUUCAAUUUGAAGCUUCCAACUCCACUUCCUACUCAGCACUCUGGAAAGAUCGAUCGAUUCGGAAAAGACUUAUACUAGCCUUCAUUCUCAACAUUGGACAGCAACUUACAGGUCAAGGGACCUUGAACACAUAUUCCACAGCUGUCUACAAGAAAGUCUUUAAGAGCUCUGACCAAAUCGCCUUGAUAAAUGCACUCAAUGCCACUUUUGGAAUAAUAUUUACCCUUAACGCGACGUGGACGGUUGACAGAUUUGGCAGGAAGGUACUGUUGAUAUGUGGUACGCUGGGGAUGGCCAUCUGCAUGCUGGGAGUUGCACUCGUCUCUUCGCAAACACCUACUCUUGCAGAUGGCUCGAAGUCCGAAAAUGUAGGGAUAUCCAUCGUCUUCUUGCUUUUUCUCUUUAUAUUUUUCUACAAACCGAGCUGGGGUGCCACGACUUGGAUCUGGACAGCGGAGGUAUUUAGUAUGAGUGUACGGGCUCAAGCAGUUGGUAUGAGCAGUCAGAUGCAGAAUGUGGCCAACGCUAUUUUCCAGCAAUUUUUCCCUACCUUCUUGAAGAAUUCCGGUUUGUUAGUAUACGGCUCUCCACCUACCGUUCGGGGCUUUUCUGACCCGCUGUCUGUAGCAAGACUUUCUACUUUUUUUUCACAGUAAACAUUUGCCUCGCAGCGUAUGUUUACUUUCUAAUUCCGGAAACCAAGCGAUUGACACUGGAAGAGAUCCACAUUACUUUUGACGGUACUCAUCACGAUCUUCAUGAACGUGAAUCUGUUAUUAAGGUACGUGCCGAUAUAGACCUGUCACUGGUUCAUAGAAAGCAAUUAACAGGUAAAUCGUUGAUAGAAUGA